AUGACUCAACCAUCCUUGACAACCACGUUCGACACGUCUUUAAUAGACCUGGCCGCCCUCCCAGGAACCAGGCAACACCGGCGACGGCUGUUACAGGAAAAGAGACAACAACAACAGAGCGGCAGCCAGCAAUUCGGAUCCUUCUCCACCACCGAACCGGACACCGAGAACGACGAGGAAGACGCGAAUAACGACGGUAGCAACGGAGCCGAGGAUUUCGCGAACGACGUCACGUCGCAGGCCGUCGCAGAUAGAAGCAACGACUUCUUAUUCAGCACGUCCGGCGCCAUCGUAGGAACGCCCGCGCUGAGCUCCGAAGAAGAAGAGGAGGACGAGGACGAGGACGAGGAAGAGAAGAAGAACGAGACGACACUAGCACGACCACCGCCAUCAAGAUCACCGCUGGUAUCGCCCCCGCCUCCACGCCAGCUCAAGCCAAGACAGCUGCCGCCGCCACGGCCUGCAAAGCAUAGCCCAGGCCCUUCUUCCGCAACAGCCGCCGCCACCGCCGCCCCCGCACGAGCGCCUGCAAGCCACCAGGCCAAGCGAGCAUCGGAGACGCCGACCUCCUCCACCAAACACCCCCAGCCUUCUUCGUCGCCCUCCCCGCCUUCGCCGUCGUCGCCGCCGUCUUCGGCUUCGCUAGUGUCGAGACAGAAUCACCGCCCCCCGUCCAAGCGCAGGAAAAUGGCUCGGGACGCUUCUCCUCCUCCCUCUUCUUCUUCUUCUUCCCCCUCUCGUUCUCCGUCUGCUAGUGGUGUCGUUGGUGGUGGUGGCACUCCUUCCGCCUCUGGUCGCGCAUCUGCUUCUGCGGGUCGUCAGCAGCCGACCAUUAACCCCGUCGUCGGUGACCACGCCGCCCCUGGUAAGACCGCGACGCCUGUCCGCCAUGUUGAUAAUGUGGCUGCGUACGACGCGUGGGCAGCUGUGUAUGAUUCGGACGGGAACAUCCUGCAGAGCGUGGAUGAUCUGGAACUGGAGGCGAUGCUGCCGAGGUUUCUGGAGAGCGCUGUCGGGGGUGUGGGUGGCGGUGGCGCGGACGGGGAGGUGUUCAGGGUGCUGGAUCUGGGGUGCGGGACGGGGAGGAAUACGGAGAAGGUGGUGAGGUGGUGGGAAGAGGCGAAAGGAGAGGGGAAGAGGAAGAUGGAGGUGACGGGCGUGGAUGCGUCGAAGGGGAUGUUGGGGAAGGCGAAGGAGCGGUUGAUUCCGCUCGUCGAAGAUUCCGACGUGACGACUCUCAAUCUCCUCAACCUCAACCCUUUCACCGCUGCUCUUCCCGUGCCCCUCCUGAGGCAGCAGCGGUGUUUCCAUGCUGUCAUCUCGACCCUUGUCCUCGAACAUCUGCCUUUGGAUUCCUUCUUCCGCACCCUCGCCGCCCUGCUCGCCCCCGGCGCUGUCGCCCUCGUCACGAACAUGCAUCCCGACAUGGGCGCCGUCUCGCAAGCCGGCUUCGUCAGCACAGACGCAGAGGGCAAGACGGUGAAGGUGAGGGGACAGAGUUGGGCGCAUGGGAUUAGGGAGACGAUCGAGGCGGCGAGGGAGGUGGGUUUGGUUGUUGUUGAUGCGGUGGAUCGAAGUGAGACGGAGAGGGAUGCGAUCAGCGGUGUGAAGGAGAGAUCGGUGGAUGAAGGGUUGAUUAAUAGUGGGAAGGUUGGCGAGAGAGGAUGGAAGUGGGUAGGUACCAAGGUUUGGUAUGGGUUUGUGGUGAGGAAGGCUGGGGAGGAAGAGUGA